AUGUUUCUUUUAAUACUACUGUUAUAUACUAUUCCUUACACACAGGGCAGGUAUGUUAUUUCAGUUUAUGGAGAUGUUUAUAAUGAUAAGGAGUUCUUCUCUAGAGUGUUCCCGUGGAUUGUCGAUAAUAUAGGUGGAGACAUUAGUGUUGAUUAUUACUUGUUAGGAAGCGGACGAUACUCGGUGCCACAGAUGUGUGCACUCAACGAGAUGAAGAUGAACAUAUUUUUACAAGCACAGUAUUUAAAAUGUGAAGCUGAAGGUAACCCAAGUGACAAAUGUCUCUGUGAGACAGGAAUAGAUCCCGAAAAGUACAGGAUCUGUGUUCAAACUAAAGGAAGCUACGCUGGGAUGUCAUCAGCAAAAUUUUCACAACUAGGCCUCGACAUCAGCCCGGUUAUUGAAAUAGGAUACAAGAACACUAUAUUCGGUGUUGAGGACAGUUGGUACUUGAAGAAAAUCUGUACAAUCUUUGGUGACAACCCCCCAAGAGGUUGCGUCAAACCUUUCUCGUGCAAUAAUACGAAUAUCGAAAGUGACAGGAAAGGUCUUGCUGUUUAUAACUGCGACAAGUGUCACACAAGCCUGGCCAUAGAUAGAUCCAUAGAAUUAUUAAUAAGAAACGAAGAUGUCCAUAGAACGACGGUGCCUACAGAACUAGAGUAUACAACGGGUACAUAA